AUGCUCCCCGUGUUUCGCCUUCCGGAGGUUAGCAAGAACCCGGCGGGAGGGUUCGUGAGACGCCUACCUCGAGAAGAGACCGAGCGCGAGCGGGAGUGCCGUGUCAAAGAGGCGGAGGAGCUAGACAAAAUGAAGACAGCGCUAGGCCUGACGGACAGAGAGCUCGAAGCCCUGGAAGACGAGUUGUUGCCCGGAAAGCACCGAGGAGGGAAGGACCCGGCAGUGUCGAGGCCGCUGAACGACGUCAGCAAUCGUGACAGUCUAGCCCUAGAGAAGGAUCCCCAAGAACUGCUGUAUGGCCCAGACUCUGCUAUCAUAGCCAAGCAGCAGCUGCAGCCGCCGCCGCAAGACACGUGGUCUACUUUCUCCCGCGGGGGCAAGCGAAGACGGGGCGGUGGCGGGCGGCGGGCAGCAGACACACGGCCAGAACGACACAGAAACGGCUUGUCACCAACCGGCGACGGCACCACCGUCUUGGACCUUCCUACCCCAAGAGUGCUUCGUCGAACGCCUCACUCCACCCUCGGGGCCGAGCUCGCCGCAUCAGCCGCUCUGUCGGUAAGACGCACCGGCGAAGGGAAAAAGACGGGGGCGUGGACGUCGACAGGCGACCUUGGUGGUGGAAUUGCUUCAGGAUCUAUCCUCGGCACGACCGUGUCGACUGAGCGACUCGUCGUGGCGGCUGCAGACGCGGGCAUGGUCAAUCUUUUGGAGCUCCGGAGGGAGCUAGGGCGCAGCGUUGGACAGGUGCGGUGUCUCGCGAGGGCAGUCAAGCUUGACGUUCAAGAAGUCACGCGCCUCUGCCCGGUGCAGCACCCACGCGCGGUACGCUUCCUCCGCCGGUGGGCGUGCGAGCGGCUCGCCAUCCUCGCGGACGAGAUCCUCGUCUCUCGCGCCGCCGCCGCCCUGGAACGCUGGCGAAGAGCGUCGGCCGCAAUUGCGAUGGCAGAGCGCAAGGAGGCCUACCUCCGGUACCAGGGGAGCAGCAAGCUGCUGUUUUCAUUGGACAAGGCGUACCUGCGCCGGCUGGCCAAGGGUUGGGUCCAGUGGGGAGCCUUCGUGGAGGCCGAGCGCGCGAGGGAGCGCCGCCUCCUCGAGUAUUCGGCCGCAAUUUUGAUCCAGCGGGCAGUGCGAGGCUUCCAGGCGCGGCGCUUGCGCGCCUGGCUGAAGAUGGUGGCCCAAGAUAAACAACGCCACCUGGCCGCGGUCACGAUCACGCGAUACGCAAAGGGCAAGGUGGCGAGGGUGCGGUACGCGCGCCUCAAGGCCGGAAUCGAGAGAGUAAGAGCCGGGGAGUUGCUGAGGCGCGUAGGGCGCGGGAUGAUUGGCAGGAGGAAGGGCAAGAGGUUGAGAGAGGACAGGGCGCGCUGGAAGGUAGCACUGAGUCUGCAGAGACUUUGCCGUGGAAGAGUCGGCCGGCGACUGUUCUUGUCCAUCACCAAGGCCAGAAGAGAGCGCCUCGCGGCGACGAAGAUACAAGCAAUCACCCGGGGAAAGUGGGGCAGGCAACAGGCCGGAAGCCUUGUCCGAAGGAUCCGCGAGGACGCUGCGGCGCAACAGAUCCAGCGCGCCGCGCGGGCAUGGCUAGCUCGGCGACUCGUGCGGAGGUUGCGCGAAGAGGAGCAAAGGUUGCGUGCCAUCCGCUCGAUCGCGACCCUCAACAUCCAGAGGGUUUACCGCGGGCACAGGACGAGGGUGCUGCACGGGGCAAGGCUGGAGAUGAAGCGGUCGCGCCUGCGAGGGGAAGACGCGGCCGCGACGAAGAUUCAGGCCCUCGUGCGCGCGCACCUCUCGAAGCGAACCGUUGCCAAGUUGUCCAAGAAGAGGAAGGAGAAGCGGAUCAGCGACGCCCGCCUCUGGACGGAGACGUGGAGCGAGGAUGCUCAAAUGUGGUUCUACCACAACGCUACGACAGGGGAGGCGUUGUGGGAGCCCCCCAGCACCGGCUACACGAAGCACGACGGGGCGCUGGUCCUCUCGUCGGGGGAGGUUGUAACGGAUCCGGAGGAAGGGAUGACGGAGGAAGAGCGGCUAGAGGCGAGGAAGCAGUCGAGCUGCGUGGAGUGCGAGCAGAAGAGGUCGACGAGGAAGUGCGACCAGUGCGGCGAUGGCUUCUGCACGAAGUGCUUCCGAAAGACGCACGCCACCGGCCGCCGAACCAAGCACACCUGGACGCACGUGGGGCCCAUGGAGUGCGCCGAGUGCGAGGCGGAGGUGGCCAUAAAGUGGUGCACCGCUUGCGACGACCCCUUCUGCGCACCCUGCUGGUCCGUCAUCCACUCCCGCGGGAAGCGUAGCCUGCACAGCCACUGCACCAUCUCCCCGGGGGGGCGCGUGUCCACCAAAGCCAUCGCUCCAGACGGCACGGACGCCGGCCCGUUCACUCCGGGGGAGAGCCUCGUGGCCGAAAUUGCGGGAGCCGGCGCCGGCGAUGGUGCACUAGCGGAGCAAGGGUACGACGCGACCGCUGCCGCGCCGCUUGUUGAGACGAAUCCGGCGCAGUCGGACUGCUGGCAGGAGUACACCGACGACGCGGGCAACCCGUACUGGUACAACUCGGCGAGCGGCUCCUCUCAAUACGAGAACCCUCUGGGCGGCGGGCCGGUGUGGACCGGGGGAUCCAUUACCACGAACAGCUCGACCAUCGAAAACGGUGGGAAUGCUGCCGGUGGACAAGAGUGGGAUACAGCACAGCAGGCGGAGAAUAGUGGCUACUCCGACCCCGAUUCGAGAGCCAUGGUGACCGCGCACGGGUCGGCGGGGGAAUGGAGCGAGCAUGCGGACGACGAAGGGCACGUGUACUACUACAACGCCCUUACGGGCGAGAGUCAGUACGAGUCCCCGUACUAG